AACAAUCAAUACAGUUUUCAUAUAUUUUAUGCUUAGUUAACAUGUUUUAAAAAUAUUAAAUUUAUGCUUAGAUUUGUUGGAAAAAAAACUUGUGAACAAACUUCAUUCCUUUUGUUAAAUGUAAUUUUAUAUUUUCUUCACACUUUUUACAAACUAAAAUUAUUAUAUAUGUAAUUUAUUAUUACAUUACGUAUAGGGUUAAAAUUAAAACUGCAUAAAAGCUGUAUUAAUUUAUAAAAUGUCAUUAUUAGUAAAACAAAUAAUUAAGUCAGGUACCAGUUUUGUAUUAUAAAACGGAGAAAACAUAUUUGGAGUUUUGGAUGAAAGAUCUCAAAACAUAAAAAAAAAAAAAAAUAUGUGUGUUCGAGAACAUGCCAAUGUAAUGUUCAAUAAUGAUGCUCUUUGAAGAGAUUAAUAUUAACAAGUGGACCAAUAAAUGUUUGUGUUUUUAUGCCCAACUUGGUCAACACAAGAAUGCAUAUCAUAAAUACAUCAACAAAUUAAAUACGAUAAAGAGAGAGAGAGUCAGUAGAAACCCUAACCCGCCGCGUUUCUCCGGCGGCGUUGUCGCUGUGUCGUCGCCGGAGAGUCACCCUUUACCUUCUUUUUUCUCCUUUUCCUUUUGCCUUCGUUAACGUCCCUUCCCCUCAGCGAGAUGCGUGUGAACUCUGGCUUCUUCGGCUCUUCAGAUCUCAGAUCUGGCCGUGUAGUGCGGUUUCCGAGUUUCUGGAGUCACAGCGAGUUGAGUCAGGAAGGUGUCGUUAUCGGAGGUCGGCUUUUAGGGUUGGAUUUUGGAUGGAGCUAUUUUCCCCUUGUCGCUCCGUGUACCUCCGUAGAUGUCUAAUAUGUGCCGUCGUCGCUCUCCUCCGAGCUUCAGUGUUCUUUCGCAGGCGUUAGUGGAUGAGCUCCGGUUGGAUUCGACAUCUGAACCCGUCUUUUCUUCAUUCCGGAAGAACUGAAACUCAUGCUCUUGGAGAUGUUGUUUCGCUCUGUUCCGGCGGCUCGGUUUUGGAGUCAAGACUAGGAACUCGUGAUGGAAGGUCUUGUGUGGCAGUUUACGCACCAGUUUGGUGGGGAACCCGUUUCUGUGUUUGAAAAGAAAUCUGCAACUAAGGUAUCUUCUCAUUAUGUGGUUCUUUUGGCUUGGAAUCCAUAUAAUAAGGCUGGAGUACGACUGAUAUCUGGACGGGACUUGAGGGUGAAGUAUGCGCCUUGGCGUUGAGUUGGUAUGAUCCAAGUUCUGAAUGUCAAUUAAGUGGUGAUCUCCAGCAAGGUCUUAGUUUGGAAUUCAUCUGUUAAGUCUAGUUUUCAGUUUUAGUCAAUGCUCGUGUAAUUAGUGGUUUAAGGGACAGUUCAUUUUCACCAUUUUGGUAAAGUGAAUUUGUUUCCAUGGUGGUCAAAGUGAUAGGUAGUUAGAUGAGGCAAUGUAGGAUCCAAAUAAGUGAUCUUAGAUGAUGCUACAUCUACUUCCAUAUAUCACAUUGUGGUUAAAGCCUCUUGAGGCAUUGUGGUCACAAUUGUUUGUAUCAAAACAUUUGGCUAAUGAUAAGUUGAUGUUGAGUUAAAAAAAAAAAAAAGAAUGCAUAUCAUAAAUUCAUAGUGGUAUGGAAGGUCCAUAAAAAAUACUUUUACAAUUCGGCUAUACUUGCAAAGUAGUUGUGAAUAUAUAUUUUAACGCAACCGUUAUUGAUAAACCGGUAUACCUUAUUCAUAAUCAAUAUAUAUAUUUUCGGAUAAAGUAUCUCUACAAAGUAUAAACAAUCUAGAAGCAGCGCAAAUCGAAGUUUUAAUCAUAAAAUCUUUAUCAACCGAAUAAGCAAUCAAAAUUAUAAACUUUAAAAUCUUCCUAAGUUUUUGAAAGAUAUGAACAAAAACAUAAUUUAAGCAAUCAUAAAAUCAUUUGCAAAAAAAAAAAAAAACUAAUUUUCACGUUUUUCGUCAGCCUUGACGUAACAUUCCCUGAAAACUCGAUGAUUAUAUUAAUAAACGAUAUAAAUUAUCCUUAAAAAAAUACAAAGAAAUAGAUCACGGUUCCUUGUCAAAGCUGCCUCCUCUUGUUGCUCAAGUAAAGCCAACACAUCCACAUCUAUACGCACACACAUACGAAGGCACCUUCUUCACAUACAUUGAUACAUAUAUAUAUAUAUACACACACACACACAGCAAGUCCAAGUGGAAUACAGAAGACAUUACAGAUAGCCAAGAAGACAGAACAAUGCAAGAUUUUUCAUAUUCUACGGAGUCCUUUAGCCCUAGCUUCAGUUUUUAUGUCUCCGGUGACGGUGAGAUCGUCGAAGCCGCCGUUAGAGUUGUCCGUGAGUCUUACGGCGACGACACCGCUGAGUUCGAGUUCGAAACAUUACCGUUACACGAAGAGAACUUCUUCCACUUCCCAACGACGACGGAGACGAAAUCUUUCGAUAGCUCACACAAGGAGGAAGAAGACGAUGACGUGGCAGCGGAUGGAGUCACCUCGAAGGAUCUUUUCUACGGUGGUGGAUGGAUGCUUGAUCAGUCUAUAUCCUCGCCGUCUCAGUCGCCUUCAUCUUCCGAGUCUUCAGACUCGGAGGAUCUUUCCCCGAGAGGAUACAACUGUUUCUGGAGCCCGACCCGAUCUCCGGCGAGAGUUGAUAGCUCCAAGAGUAAAACUUCGAGCGCACCGAAACGGUGCCGUAUUAAGGAUCUUUUAAGGAGAAGCCACAGCGACGGAGCUGUUUCGACCACGAGCGAGCCUAAACGAUGUCGUUUCAAGGAUCUUCUGAGGAGAAGUCACAGCGACGGCAGAGGAAGUGGGUCUUUAGUUUCGCCGAGCGGGAACAGCUCACCAGCAGUAAGAGGGAGAAACAAAACGACGUCGAAUAAGUAUACUAAUACUGGGGAAGUGAAUAUGAGAAGAAAGACUUAUUUACCUUACAGGCAGGAUUUGAUCGGCGUUUUCGCCGGAAUGAGUAGACUCAGUCGAUAAAAUAAUUGUAAUUAGUAAAUUUACAAAUAGCUCCUUGCUUCAAUAUUUGUUUUCGUUUUGUGGCCAUGUAAAAACCUUUUUUGUGCUAUUAUUUUCUUUUGAAUACAAAUGUCUUUUUCCUGUCA